AAUGAUCACCACCCUCGCUUUGUUAUUAAAUCACCAAAUUCCAACCUCCAUAGCCACAUAUCACGAUUUUCUCUCUCUAGAUUUCGGAUUUUCCAGAGAGAAAUCCCUCUCUAGGUAUUGGGAGUUUUAGAGAGAGAGGCGAUGGAGGUAGAGAGUGUGAGCGUGUUCCGAGGACUGAGAUCCUUCUGGGCGAGAAAAGGAGGGUAUGUGCGCCUCAAUGGAUCGGGAAGGAGGAAGAACCGGGUCGAGCUUGCUCGGCUCGGUUCCAACCGUCGACGGCGGUUCUGGCGGAUCAAGCCUAAGUUCCGCUUCUUCAGAAUACCUUCUCCAAAGAAGUUCUUUAUAUGGCUGCGCGACGCGUACGUGAAGAUGAUGCUGGGGUUCGCCAAUUCGAGAGUUAUGAGCAGCGGCUACAGCGGCGUCUUGGGCGAUGGCAUUGGCGGCUUUGGGCAGCGACCGCUAAAGGAGUACGAUGAGAAGAUGAUCAUAGAAAUCUACAGGUCGUUGGUUAUGGCUCAGGGUCUGGCUCCGCGCGACGUCACCGCAAUCGGUUCGGUAGUCCAUUUCCGGUAAGUAUGCCAAAUUUACCGGAUCGUAGGGCGGGGUUUUACCUGGUAAUUGGAAUUUUUUUUUUUUAAUAAGUUGUAAAAAUAAUAUAACAACUCUAGCCGUCGAAUCUCUCUUCUUGAAUCUCGCCUUGGGAAGAAAAAAAAUUAAAAAAAAAAAAAAAAAAAAAGUUCGAUUUUGAAUCUCAAAUCCUUAAUCUUCGAGCCGUCGUUUAAUUUUAGUAUUAUUAUUAUUUAAUUUUUGAAUCAAAUUAAAAUUACCAACACAUAUGGUGUUGCAUGUUGGAUGUAGCCUUCCCUGUAGAAGGGAAUAUUUACAUGUGGCAGACCAAAUUUUAGGCCAAUACGAACACUAAUGUUUAAAGAUAUGAGUUGUACUAAGAUUGAUACAACACAUAAUUAUACUUA